UCACAUGGGGAGGGAAACGUCAGUGAACGUCUGGACUUUAGUGAAAGUUUCUUGCCAGGUACUGAUUGGAAAUAGGAUGGACCAAGCGGUCUAGGCUUCGCAUAUAAAACUGAACAUUUACACGUCUCCUUCAUACUGCAUAUACACAGACUGCGCUAUAGUUUGUCAAGAUGCUUGAAAACGAUGUAUGGAUGUGCUUCGUCUUCUACAGCACGCUGUUAAUUUUAAAGAUGUACGUCAUUGCCAUCAUCACGGGGCAAGUGAGACUUCGGAAAAAAGCGUUCGCGAAUCCCGAGGAUGCAGUUAGACACGGAGGUGUGCAGUAUUGCCGCAUCGAUCCUUACGUGGAGCGCUGUAGGAGAGCACAUCGCAAUGACAUGGAGAACAUUUUCCCCUUUUUUUUUCUAGGGGCCGUAUAUUCCAUGACUGGCCCCUCAUAUUCAGUAGCACAAAUUCACUUUCUGGUCUUCUUCCUGGGUCGAGUUCUUCACAGUGUGGCAUACCUGUUAUCAUUUAAAGCACCAACACGUUCAUUUGCCUAUGUCAUCGCUCAGGUGCCUUGUGUUUCCAUGGCAAUACAGAUUCUCAUGGAUGUAGCCUCAUUUGCAUAACGCUGAACAAUAUGGAGUUAUGUGACCGGUCAUGACUUUUCAGCUGUUAUAAUUGUGAUGCAGGAUGCUGCUUUGAUGACUUUUUCAUCCUUCUCAUCAACUGUAUGAAUUUACUUUUCAUUCUGAGAUCAGACUCAUGCUUUAUGACUGACAAUGUGUAGCUCUGCUCUUAAAGCUGAAGUAUGUAAAUUUUUCAGUGUGGAAAUACCUUCUCCUAACCCAGCUUAAUAUGCAGACAACUAUAAAUAAGCCAUUCAUAGGUUAAUUUUCUCAAAAACUGUAAGCACUGACUUUCUGUGGCACUUUGAAAAUUGACCCGCCCCUACAACGCUACUCAACCAAUGACAUGAGUUGGGGUGUUUGUUUGAUGAACGGCAGAUGGGGGGUGUAUUCAGAAAGUCAUUUGGUGCCGCUUGUGGCACAGAAAUUACAUACUUAAGCUUUAAAAACAGUUUGUACUGGUAUUUUGCUGCAAUAAUGCAGUGUCUAAAUACGAUAUGUUAUCAUGCAGAUGAAGGGUAUUUAAUGGCACCUUAUUGUGUUUUUGUAUUGUUUUUUACAAUGAGGUUUGCAUUUACUCUUGUCAUAUUUAUAUAUUUGCUACAAUAGGCCUCAUUCUCCAUGAAUGGUCAUAAAGUCCUGCAGAAUUCAUACCUCUAGUCUAUAGAACAGCCAUUAUUUACAGUGCAAUGCAGUGACCAGCAUCUUUUCACUUUCCUACUGAAAUGUUUACACAAGCAAUAACUGUUGAGGUCAGUUCGUAGUCUACAUGACUGCUCAGCAAUAGCUUUCCAAACUUGUAAAGAUUCCUCUGUUGUUACAGCAUGUGAGCCCUGCAAAGUCCAGGCCUUUCUAAAUUAUCAUAGCGUUAAACAAAUGCUGCUGCACAAACACUGCCUUUCCUCUUUGUCUGCCAGGCUUUGGGUUCAUGGCAUUUUGAACACAGCCUCCAAUUCACAGCCGAGUGCUAUUGCCCUGUCCUCAAGAACACUACUUACACAACAGAAUGCUUGAAUACAUUUCUAUUAGGUAAUUUGGUAAUUCAUCACACUGCACUCUUUAAAUUUAUGUUAAAUGUUCUGUUUUUUAAAAAGAUAUAACUUAUUCACAUUUAUAAUAUUGUAUCUUGUGUGUUUUAAUGUCUAAGUCACUAAAGACAUGUUGAGAAAGCAAUAGUUUUUUUUUUUAAUAAUAAAUGCAUAAAGAAAUGUUGUGUGUGUGUGUGUUUGUACAGUAUACAAAACAAGUGAGAGAAAGAGAGAGCAAGUGAAGGAGAUUGAUAGGUAUUGCUGCCUCAAUUUUAUCAGAGCAGACACCAUUAUUAUUUUACUGUGCAAAAAGGAAAGCAAAAAGAAUGGCAGGAAAAGACAAGAGGCACAGAGAGAGAGAUGUGUGACAGAGAGAGAAUGCAAAAGAGAGAGGAAUGUUAUUACCUCAUAAAUCAGACCUCUAAAACUGAUACUAUACCCCAGACGUGUAAUCUCAGUCUUCAUUUUUUCUGCAUUGGAGGGUUUUUGUUUUUGUUUUUGUUUUUUUGAAAAUCGCAUUUUCCACAAAAAUAUGUGAAAGUGCAACAGAAAUGAUCUCAGUAAGCAGCAUGAAUGGAAGUGUGUAGAUUUGAGUUGCAUGCAAAUCUAAAGACUGGUACGUGUCUGAAAUAUGCCCUUGCUUGACAAUUUC